AUUCGGUAAAAUGUUUCCCCAAAAUGUUAAGCUAAAAAUGAAAACACAAAAAUUGAUUAGUGGUGUGCUUGUGACAGGACUUCAGAAUGCAUGUUGAAAUUGAAAUACGUAUUUGAACGACACAGAUUUAUCGAUUUUUAUAUUCCAGCACUGCCAAUAGAGGGCGGAAUAUAAAAGUAGCCCUUCAAUAGCCUACAUGUAGUUUGUUAUCAAGCCAGUUAACAUGUUGUCUUACCUGUUAUCACGGAGAACAGUAAUUAUAGCAGCCGACACUGCCAGCCGUCUGUCACUCGGCUCGUGUGGUCACUGGCUGAGCUUUAGAACGUCGACAUCAAAGUCUGGCAAACCCUUGAUCGACAGCGAAUCAGUGGUGUCCUAUGAGCAGCUGAAGAAUAUGCUGUCCAAUCGCAACAUUCAGUUGUUUGAUGUCCGCAAUCCCGAUGAAUAUCUCGCUGGUCGAAUUCCUGACGCUGUGAACAUUCCAUUGGGUGAGCUGGAGGAAUCUCUGAAGCUGUCCCCUGGGCACUUUAAGCAGACCUUUCAGGUGCCUGCUCCACUGAAAGACGAUGACAAUAUCGUUUUUCACUGCAAGAGUGGAAACAGGAGUGUCAAAGCCUUGGGCAUUGCCUAUAAUCUGGGGUUCACUAGAGCAAGACAUUAUAAAGGGGGCUACAGCGAGUGGGUGGAAAGAGAGGGCAAAUGAUGGCACACAUAUAACCGGCCUUUUCAGGGAGGUUUGUUAUGUUCCUGUAACAGAUGAUGUUACUGCAAGAUCUGAUACUACUUCCUCUGAUAUAUCUUUGAGUUACGUUUAUGACUGCUUACUGAUUUUGACAAGGUGUGUGCUUGGUACUGAAAGAGUUGAAUGCAAUCGAGUGGUUUAGGAUCCCAUUAAACCUGACUUGCACAAUAGGUUUGACCCUAAGUCAAGAUAUGAAAUAUUUGUAAUAUUGCUUUUGUGACACAAGUAUUACUUCUGACAAUCUGAAGUUACUGAGCAACCUUAAGGCCCUGUGCGUGAAAGAGGUUUGAUAAAAAUGGAUAAAUAAUACAAUUGAAACUAAAAAUCCUAGCACAUCCUUUAGUGUCUUUCUUGUUUGUUUUUGGAACAUGUCUGUGUGAAAACACACGGAGGGUUGAAGUCCAUGUUUGGGUAAUUCAAGGCUCUUUCUGUCAUUUCAACUUUGAGCCAAUAGAUGGCAGCAGUGUCUUACACUACCCAUAUAGAUCUCAUGGUAAAGGUGUUCCCAACUAAAAGUAUACACCACAGUUAAACGCCUGUUCUUAAAGGGCCAGUAUGCAUGGUCAUUGAGGGUCAAACCUUCGUUAUUCUGGUCAGCUAUUUAUCUUGUGACGGCUCUGCAAACAGCUGUCAAGCACACAGUCAGCUCAAGGUCUCAGUUAUGUUUAAAAGAAAGAGAGAAAAUGGGAGAAAGAGAGAUGGAAUACGAGGGAAAGGGAGAGAGCUGAGUAGCAAUGUGAGGAUGAAAGAAACAUUGAGUUGUGAGUGUGUAUACCUCACCUUUAUACCUCACCUGUUGUGGGUACUGUUCAGGCCUGUGUACCUUUCACCUUCGUGUCCUUCAGUUGCUGUGGUUCAGGACCUUUUCAACAUAGUUUUAGUCUUAAAUGUUCUCUCUGUUUACAUUUGUAUAUUUUACUGACCGGUAACUUCUAAGUGAAUAUGAAAAUGAAAGGAGUCAUAUGAUGCAGCAGUAUAUUAUUAGACAGAGAUGGUAGAUUUCAUGUUCUGGAAUUCCACACAAAUCUUGGGUCAAUGAACUGAUUUUCAUCAAAACGACGUGAAAGAUUCAUGGUUCCAUUCCCUGGGAUUCCCUAAGCAGCUGGACAGACUGUUUCUUCCCCCCCUGUU